AUGUUGGGUGCGGUAACAGCUGACUCCUUUGAUACGCUGCAUUCGUACACUAACACAUUCCAGAUGCCUUUUGUCACUCCGUGGUUUCCUGAAAAGGUGAUUCCGCCUUCAUCAGGCCUGAUAGAUUACGCUGUGAGCCUGCGCCCGGAUUACCAUCGAGCUGUCAUUGAAACUAUCAUGUACUACGGGUGGAAAAAUGUCAUAUACAUCUACGAUUCGCAUGACGAAUAUGAAGUAACAAAAAUUAUACCAAAAGCGGUUGCAAAGAGCACCCUACAAAUUACACUAUAA